AUGAGCUCUGCAGCUGACCCUAUUGUUCAAUAUAUACUUGUAAGAACUGAUUUAAAUUGGAAUCGUGGCUCAAUUACUGCUCAGGCAUGUCAUGCAAGUGUAGCUGCUAUAGUGGAAAAUAUUACAAUGCCUACAGUGCAGUCAUAUAUUCAAGAUAUCAACAAGAUGCAUAAAGUAGUUUUAUGCACAGACUCAUCUGAAUCACUAAUUAAACUUUCCAAUCUGCUUAAGGAAUCUGGAAUUAUACACAAGUUAUGGAACGAAAAACCUGAAGAUAUCCCAACUUGUAUAGCUACAAUGGUAAGUUUUCUUCUUACAAAUCCCAUGGAGAUAUAA